ACUGCAGCUUCGCUUCUGUUCAGGCGUCUUGAUCAGAUAGAUCAUCAUCCUCUGAUUGAGGGAGAGAGAGAGAGAGAGAGAGCGAGCGAGAGAGAAAGAUAGAGAGAGAUAGAACAGACAGACAGACAGACAGUCGCCCUCGCCCUCAAGCUCCUCCCCUCCCCUCCCCUCCCCUCCCUUCCCCUCCCCUCUCCUCUUUUCUCGUCUCAUCUCGUCUCAUCGCUUCCAACUGACGAGCUCAUGUGGAAGAAUAGGGUAAUGUUGCUACAAAUCCAGCGACGGACGGAAGGAAGGAACUCUUCGGAAUUCUGAAUGCGUGUUCUCGUAUCGACCUUGAGAAAGGAGGCACACGGAGAGCAGACAGACAGGCACACGGACCCAGUAGUCUAGCGUGAUUGAUUGAGUGAUCACUCAAUCACGCGCCUUGGAGUCCCAGGACUCGGUUUGAUUCCGAUUUCGCUCGCAUCGACAGCUUUAGUAAGAGUCCGUAGCAAGGAUUGGGUCAUCACGGUGCGGACAUCGGGUGCCAGAUUGCGUUAGCUAGGGCGAGGACAAGUAUGGGUUGGGACGGCAGCGAGGCUAGGGGACAGUGUAAUUGAUACACGCAGAUUUUGGUCGGAGUUGCAAGGAGUGAAGUGAAGUGACCACGCCGACGACGACGACAUCCUUCGUGCCAAACUUCAGAAUCACCACUGCCAGCGGUUCCAUCGCUAGCACGCAGACGUUUAGAUUUAUCGGUAGCAGUCCGAUCUUAUGAAGAGAAGUUGCGAGAGCACCACUCGGAUCCUGGAUAGUCGAGUGCUGACGGCGAGGUAGAGUGAGGCAUCCCCCUUCCCUCCCUCCCACCCACCCCUGCGCCGGACCGUGCUGCUCCGCCUCCGGGGAUUCUCGGAGGAGACAGUAGACUCGAGGGUCUAAGACAGGACGUGUGAACUCCAUCGCCUCGCGGAAAGGUUUCAGCAGCAGCGACAUCCGGUGGGCAAAGAGCGCACGUAGUCUGCCGUUGUGGUAGGCACUGAGAAGACAGCGAUCCAGUGGGUACCAAAGUGCGAGAAGGAGAAGUGGGGAGCUCGGAUUGGAAUUGUUAUGUGGUGGUCAUUCGCACGGUAGCAGAGAUUGCGUGCAGCCGAGAAGUAGGAGGAGAAAUGUAAAGAGGUGCACGAGGCACAUCUGUACAUUCACACGCGAAGCGCUCAGGGCGGGUCAUGUAGUUGGCGGCGUCGGUCGUUCAGAAGGUGGUCGUAUCCUGAAGCUCGUCGAUGCACUAUAAUGAGUUUUAUCAUUCGGGAACAGAUGUUCGUAGCGUCUGCGGGAAGUGCUGGUGCUGGGGCGCAUGCUGAGGGCACUUGAUGGACCACACAUGCACGACGAGAAAGGAACGCAGAAAUCCAGACCACGAUCACGAUCUUGACUCAUCGCUCCCUUCGAGCGGAGCUCUCGAGCUCAGCGAUACGCGCUCCUUCCAGCAGUUGCGGCAGCAGCAGCAGCCGCCGCAGCAGCAUCCGGCGUUCCCGCUGGUGAAAGGAGAUCUAGCCGCGACCAUGGCAGCCAUUCAUGCAGCUGCGGAUCUGAAACUGGAAAUGAGCUCGCUGCCCGCCUGGACUUCGGACUUGACCGCCCAAAUGCAGGAGAAUUUUGCUGAGCCUCGGAGCCAUUGCUUUGCCAACAGCCGGACCAGGCCCAGAGACACGAGUCCCAGGCAGGAGCAGUUGGACAUCAGCUCGCUCUAUCGGAGCAUCCCCAGUCGAGCUUCGGUCGACGGGCUGCAGUCGCAUCCCAAGAGCGCAGGAGUAGGAGUAGGACCAGGAGGAGGCACCGGUGGAAUUGCGCCCAUUCCCUUCUCGCAGCAGCAGCAGGUCGACAUGGUCCAGCUCCAGCAUCGGAGCAAUUUAUCGAGCUACAUCGGCUUCGAUUCGGGCCUCCAGUCCAUCACCUCGCUCGUCGGCGGUGGCUCUCUGGAUCAGUGCUACAGCGGGGUCAGUCCUCGCUGCGAGAAGCGCCAGCGGCUGUCGCCAUCGUCGCAGACCUUCCACACUCCCGAAGGUCUGACCACAAUCCGCGACAGCCUGCCAUCCUCCGCAGCCGCAGCGGCCACGGCCGCAGCGAGCCGGGGUCGAGGAGGAGGAGGAGGAGGAGGAGUGGGGGCAGCAGCAGCAGCAGCCGCGGCGGCGGCGGCAGCAGAUGGAGUCAGCCAUCUCCAGGGGUCCGGAUCCGCUGGCCAACGAGGGCGCAACGAGCAAGGCCUCAAUGAGGUGCUCCAGCGCUUCACGACGUCGCCGUCCGCGCAGGUCCAGCAGCAGCAGGCGAGCAUGGCGAUCAAGGCCGUGAGCCCGUUCGACAGCCUGGGGCUGGCAGAAAUCGCCCCGCCCGCGCCGCCCUUCGACAACGCGCUGCUCUUCUCGUCGUCGGACUCGGACAGCAGCAGCAGCCGGAGUCUGAGGCCCAAGGGCGUGCUGGAAGGGGCGGGGCUGCCCUUGCAGGGGGGCGGAGGCGGAAUCAAGAGCCUCGGCUCGCUGACGGUGAAGAAUUGCGGCGCCACGCACGACGCCAACACCAUGGAGCAAUUGCUGGUGCACUGCGCGCAGGCGCUGGACAGCAACGACGUGACGGUGGCGCAGCAGAUCAUGUUCGUGCUGGGCAACAUUGCGCCGGCCGACGGCGAUCCGAACCAGCGCGUCACCUCGUGCUUCCUCAAGGCGCUGGUGCGCCGGGCCGCGCGCCUCAUCCCGGACCUGAGCCCCAUCGCGUCGGCCGGGCGCACGAGCAAGGUGGUGAGCGCCGUGGAGUACGCGGGCAUGAUCGACAUCACGCCCUGGUACAGAUUCGGCUUCAAGGCGGCGAAUGGGCUCAUGAUGGAGGCCUUCGAGGGCAAGGAGCGCGUGCACAUCAUCGACUUCUCGACCACGUACGGGAUGCAGUGGCCGACGCUGAUCGAGUCGCUGGCCGAGCGGGCCGACGGGCCGCCGCAGGUGCGGCUCACGGUGCACAAGGCGAGGCCCAACAUUCCGCCCUUCCUGGGCAUGUCGGAGGAGGAGGUGGCGAACAAGCUCAUGGCCUUCGCCAGCAGCCGCAAUGUGGAGCUGCAGGUGAGCAUCCUGCACAACGAGGUGCACCAGCUCGACCGCUCGGCGCUCGACAUCCGCGACGACGAGACGACGGUGGUGAAUUGCAUGUACCGCGCGCGCUACGUGCCCGACGAGAGCGCGGACCCGCCGCACUGCUCGCGCGACGCGUUCCUGCGCUUCGUGCACAGCCUGGACCCGGCGCUGGUGAUCAUCGUGGACGAGGAGGCGACGCUGACCUCGCCCAGCCUCGUGGCCCGCGUCAAGGCCGCCUUCAAUUACAUCUGGAUCCCGUUCGACGCCCUGGAGACCUUCCUGCCGCGCGACAGCCCGCAGCGCCUCGAGUACGAGCUCGACCUCGAGAAGAAGAUCGAGAACAUCAUCGCCUGCGAGGGCCUGCAGAGAAUCGAGAGAUUAGAGGCCAAGGACAAGUGGGGCCAGCGCAUGAAGAAGGCCGGCUUCGAGCUCGUGCCCUUCAGCGACGACAUCAACUCCGAGGUCAAGAGCAUGCUCAGCGAUCACGCCGCCGGUUGGGGCAUGAAGCACGACGAGGACGCCAUGCUGCUCACCUGGAAGGGCCACAAUGUGCUGUUCGCCACGGCCUGGCAGCCCAGCUUCCAGAAUCUGAGCUAGCUGUGGAUCUGAUGAGCUCGUGCUGUAGAUUAGUAGCUAGUUCCCCGUUAGCUCUACGCUGCUUGGGCAAGCAAGUGCUUCAAGGCACGCUGAGUUUUGUACAUACAUUCAUUCUUUACUUCAUUGGUUUGUAUUCUAAAAUUUUGUGAAUCAAAUUCAUCUCGUUGUCGCUCGUCUUCCG